AGUCAGUUUCCAUUUGCUGAGUGUGGGCGUAACACACUACUGAGCUCACCUGUAAGCCUCCAAGGGCGACGGCACGGGGCUUAGUAUAGGACCCACCUGACGCCGACACUCUCCCUCCAAAACCUUGCGCACGUGAGGAUGGAGUCAAAUUUGCUGAACAUAUUGUGGAGACCGGUGGAGGAGGUGGCGGCCUUCCUCAACACACUGGAGGUGUGGGAGGCGGUGCGUCCCUUCGUGUUGUGGGGACAGUUGCUGGUGUUUGUGUACUUCCUGCUGGUGGCCACUAUCGGGCGGCGCCUCAAGCUCCGCAGGAAGUACGUGGAGCUGCUCGAUGGCGUGUUUAACUUUGCCGCGUUCAAGCUGUCAGACGACACCAACGAAGAGGAAGAGGACGACGAGGUGACGACGAGCAGUGACGAGGAGGUGGUAAUUUGUCCCGAGUCACCGCGGGCGGUGCCGGGGUCAGCCGAGGGUUCAUUCAGGUUCCAGGAUCCGCUGCCGUACCUGUCGGCGGGCAUGCGGGCCGUGGUGUCAGACUGCGUCACCAAGAGCUUCACCUCAGCUGAGUUGCGCACCUGGAACAUGCUCUCCAGGACAAAGCGGCAGCAGUACCUGCGCAAGAGUCCUUCCCUGACGGUGUUCUGGGCGGUGGGAUUCGUGCUACGGUGGGUUUUUCUGAUGCCUGUGCGGGUGUUGCUACUGGUGAUCAGCCUCACCACGCUCAUCGUGUUGUGUGCCGCCGUGGGCCUCCUGCCUCCCUCGGCCUUCAAGCGGCGCCUCAACAAACGGGUGGUCAUGUGGUGCUUCGAUUUCGUGGCUGGCUCUCUUUCCAUCGUGGCCAGGUUCCAUAAUCCUGAGAACAGACCCAGUCAUGGGAUCGCUGUCGCCAACCACACGUCUCCCAUUGACUCCAUGGUGCUGGCGACGGACCAGUGCUACGACAUGGUAGGGCAGAGGACACGGGGACUGCUUGGCUUGUUUAUGGGCGCGCUGUCCCGGUCAUCCUACCACAUCUGGUUUGAACGCAGCGAGAGCAAAGAAAGGUCAAAAGUCAUUCAAGUGAUCCAGCAGCACGCUCAGGAUCCUGAGAAGCCACCCAUCCUCAUUUUCCCUGAAGGCAUCUGUCUCAACAACACCGCCGUCGUGCAGUUUAAGAAGGGAGCCUUUGAGGUGGACAGCGCUAUCUAUCCUAUCGCCAUUCGCUUUGACUUGCGAUAUGGUGACCCGUAUUGGUACCAGAACACCUUCACUGGUUACGUCUUCUCCAUGAUGACCUCCUGGGCCAUCGUGUGUGAUGUGUGGUACCUGCCGCCUACACGUAGGGCUCCUAAUGAAUCCGCAGCAGCAUUCGCAAACAGGGUGAAGGCCCAGAUUGCCCACCGGGGAGGCUUCGUGCAGCUGGCCUGGGACGGCUUCGUGAAAUUCGGCCAGCAACAGAGCGAGGCGUGGCAACGAAAGCGAGGCGAGUGGCGGCAGCGACAACAGGAUGCCUUCGCGCGGCGCCUCAGCUUAAACGAGGCAGAGGAGCGGAAGCGAGAAUAGCAGCGUUAAACGGGAACUCUGUGUGCGCGCGCGCGCGCGCGCGCGCGUGUGUGUGUGUGUGUGUGUGUGUGUGUGUGUGUGUGUGUGUGUGUGUGUGUGUGUGAACUAUUAACUAUUCAAAGCGGCAUUUCUAUAAUGGGAAUAUGAAAGUGGGAAGGGAAAGAGAAGCGGACUGUAGAGAGCCACAUGUAACGGUGGCGGGCACGCAAACUUCACUCCACAUAGGAACAAUCAAAGCCAGUCAUGAUUUAUUCUCUAUUUUUUUUUUUUUUAUAUGGGAAAGGAAAGAAGACUUUUCAAACCUUAUGCAAUAAAUGGACAGUUUCGUGAUUCUCAUCA